GAAGGGGGCAUAGUUCCUUGUCCACCCAAGAUGGCUGCGUUUGCGGCACGGCGUUUAUGGCCUUUGAUGGCUAGUCGGGGACUUCGGUCCCGGGGAGGCCGCUUCUGCAACCAAAGCUCAAGGAAAAAUUUCACUACGAAGACGCACGACCGGAACCUCCUGUAUGAGCAUGCGCGCGAGGGCUACAGCGAGUUCCCUCAGCUGGACAUGGAGCAGCUAUGCGCAUGCCCGGAGGAGGCCGCGCGCGCCCUGGAGCUCCGCAAGGGGGAGUUGCAGCCGGCUGACGUGCCCGCGAUUAUUUCAACGUGGCAGGAGCUGAGGCAGCUGAGCGAGCAGAUCCGGAGCCUGGAGGAGGAGAAGGAGGCCGUGGCUGAGGCAGUACGGGCCCUGCUGCAGGAAAACCAAGACAAGAAUCAAGUGCUGCAGGACCCCCAAUAUCAGAGUCUGCGGGCACGUGGCCGGGAUAUCCGGAAGCAGCUUAGCCCCUUGUACUCCAAGGAGGCCCAGCUCAAGGAGCAGUUCUACCUGCGAGCGCUCAGGGUGCCCAACCAGACCCACCCCGAUGUGCCUAUCGGGGACGAGAGCCAGGCACGAGUGCUUCACGUCAUCGGUGACAAGCCAGCUUUCUCCUUCCAACCUCGGGGCCACCUGGAAAUCGGCGAAAAGCUGGAUAUCAUCCGUCAGAAGCGCCUGUCCCAUGUGUCUGGCCACCGUUCCUAUUACCUGCGCGGGGCUGGGGCCCUCCUGCAGCACGGCCUGGUUAACUUCACACUCAGCAAACUCGUCCGCAGGGGCUUCAUCCCCAUGACGGUGCCAGACCUUCUCCGAGGAGCUGUGUUUGAAGGCUGUGGAAUGACACCAAACGUCAACCCAUCCCAAAUUUACAGCAUCGACCCCUCCCGCUUUGAAGACCUCAACUUGGCUGGAACAUCAGAGGUGGGGCUUGCAGGCUACUUCAUGGACCAUGCUGUGGCCUUCAGGGACUUGCCAGUCAGGAUGGUUUGUUCUAGUACCUGCUACCGGGCAGAGACAGACACAGGAAAGGAGCCGAGGGGGCUGUAUCGAGUGCACCACUUCACCAAGGUGGAGAUGUUUGGGGUGACAGGCCCGGGGCUAGAGCAGAGCUCGCAGCUGCUGGAGGAGUUCCUGUCCCUUCAGAUGGAGAUCUUGACGGAGCUGGGCUUGCACUUCCGGGUCCUGGACAUGCCCACUCAGGAGCUGGGCCUUCCUGCCUACCGCAAGUUUGAUGUUGAGGCCUGGAUGCCUGGCCGAGGCCGUUUUGGAGAGGUCACCAGUGCCUCCAACUGCACGGACUUCCAGAGCCGUCGUCUCCACAUCAUGUUCCAGACAGAGGCCGGGGAGCUGCAGUUUGCGCACACAGUGAACGCCACAGCCUGUGCUGUCCCUCGCCUCCUCAUCGCCCUCUUGGAGAGCUAUCAGCAAAAGGACGGCUCGGUCCUCGUGCCCCCUGUCCUCCAGCCCUACCUUGGCACUGAUCGGAUCACAACCCCAGCCCACGUGCCUCUCCAGUACAUCGGCCCCAACCAGCCCAGGACGCCCAGCUCCCAGACCAGCCUGCCUUGAGCUGAGAAACCAUGCUUAUCUGCCAGUGGGGCUAUUUCUCUCUCCUGGAGCUAGAGCACCCUGAAUACCUGGGACCCAUCCUGACAUCUGUAUUCCUCCUGUCAGCUCCACGCUGGGGGCCCUGGGCUCCAGGGUCCAUCUCUCCUGACUCCCUAACCUCAACCUUGUAGCCCGUCAAUGACUGCAUGGUCAUGGGGCCCCAGCUUGCACUGGGAACGUGUUGUCUGGAGAUGAGAGAAGGAGGCCUCCCUCUCUGUCUUUCCUUCUUCCCUUUUUCUGGCCCCAGCAGUGCUGAGCAGAAAGUCUCCAAUAAACGGUCAGGACAAAA